GUCAAACUAAAAAUAAUUUCAGUUGUAGGAAUCUGACUUACCUGUUGACCCCAAGUGAUAUCUGUUCCAAAAUAGCCACCACUAAAUUAGUGGACUGUGCACUAUGUUGCGGUAGGCAUCUAGCAUGAUCUAGUGUAGACUGUGCAUAGCGCUGUAGCCUAUGAGCGACGAGGAGGACACCGGACAGGACGACCGCAGGAUCUUGCGAUCAGCUAGAGGCCCGAUAGCCCACGUGUCUUUAGGACCGGAGGGUGAUAGGAGUCUGUUCCGCCGGCGCAGGGAGAGACAGCAGGAGCAGAGGAGGGCUAGAGCAGCCGAGGCCAACAGGACUUUAAUUAGCGAGGCCGGUGCCACAGCAGCCAUGGCCACCACAGCCAUGUCCACUUCUGCGCAGCAGACUUCCCAAGCCGGUAGUUCAGGUGCCGUCGGGUCCACGGUCGCGCAGACCGUGAGUCAGUCCACUGGUAUAAUGGUAAGCCAGGCCGCGGUGUUAACUCUGGAGGAUGUCGCCAUCCAGCAGGCAGCCCUGCAGGAGGCACAACUACAGCGGGCAUUAGGAGAGAUAAAAGCGGAAAAGGAAACGAUGAUCAGAAGAAGAGCCAGGAUGCAGCGGAGAGGGGCAGAUAUAGAGGAGUUAGAAUUGAUGGACCUGACGCAUAUGGAUGCUGAUGUGAAGGUAGUAAGGAGGGCCCUGCUAGGCGUUAUAGAGAUGCAGGAGCACCAAACUACAAUCCUUCAGGACAUUCAACAGAGCCUAGCCGUUUUGGCAGGCCGUGCGCCUGCUGCACCAUCACCAACCGGGCCUGGUGCCUGGCCCGUGCCGUAUCCUCCUUUUUCUAUCCCACCGGUGACAGGGGUAUCCCCAUAUGUAGCCCCUUCAUCAGUUGCUAUCGUUUCCCUGGGCAUGCCACUGUCAGGAGGGGUAACAACAGGGAGUAGUGUGCAGGUUCCUGUACAGACAAUGUUUACUCAAAGUCCGUUGCAGGUUGCAGUCACCACGCAGCCUGCUGUCUCGCAGCCUGUGCAGCCUCAGGGCACGCAGCCCCAGCAGCUAGCACAGCAACCUAUGUCACCGGGUCCACAGCCCGGAAUGGUGCAGGGACCGGGACAGACCCAGUGGGUUCCAAGGACGGCCAUCGUCGCUCCCAAACCUUUUACAGGGGACAAGAGAGGCGAAGACCUCGACACAUGGUUGAGGCCAGUGUCGGUCUACGUCAGGUGUAAACUCACCUUGCCACACGAAGAAGUGCUUGUGGUUGCUUCCUACCUAGAGGGUAGUGCAGCAAGAUGGCUGAGCGGUCUAGUGCAACUUCAGGGAUAUGGUCAUGACUUCCACGCUUGGGCAGCCACCCAGAAACUGGAUAACUUCCUGAAGAUGGUGGAGGAGAGGUGGCAUGAUCCUCAGGAGGCUCAAAGGGUCACUGAUGCGAUCCUGACACUGCACACGAGGCAGUUUAAGUCAGUAAGGGAAGCCGCUGACGCUGUCGAGCGUCUGAUCUGUGUCCCUGGGUGCGCUAUGGCCCCCAGGAACCAGUUGGCAAAAGAGGCCAACAUCAAUAUGCACAAUUUUACGUCGUUUAGCAAGGUAGCCCUAGACCUUGAGGCAAAGAUGGGGCAUGGACAGUCACCCACAACGGAUGGGAGAAAGAAGACAUUGCCUCCCAACUGGAAGGCGAAGGGUCGCAUCAUGUUUGUCGACAACGAUGGUUCAACCAUCGAGUUGGACGGCAACUUCCAGGAGGGAGUAGGUUCAGAGGCGGGCAGCUUAGAUGCUUCAGAGGGUGGAGUAGUCUCUGUCGUUGCUCAAAAAGGUAAGUGGACAGAUGAGCGCAAGGCUGCUUUCAGACAUCUGAAGCAUGCGUUGACGCACUACGAGGUUUUGAAACUUCCUGAUCCUGACAAGCCGUUCAUAGUCACCACGGAUGCGAGCCAAUAUGGCAUUGGUGUUGUGCUCACGCAACAGGAGGGGCCAAAGUUGAGGCCAGUAGAGUACAUGUCCAAGAAAAUGCCGUCUCAGAAGUUGGCUAAGUCCACUUAUGAGAAGGAACUCUAUGCGGUAUACAAGGCUCUCACCCAUUGGAGACACUAUCUCCUUGGGAGGUUCUUCAUCCUCAGGACUGAUCAUCAGAUCCUGAGAUGGAUGAGAACCCAACCGGUACUCUCUGACGCUCUCAAGCGUUGGAUCGAAGUCAUUGAGCAAUAUGACUUUGACCCUCAGUAUCUUAAAGGAGAGUACAACAAGGUUGCUGAUGCCUUGUCGCGCAGACUGGACUUCUCAGGUGCGCUGAUUACUGAGUUAGAUAUGACGAACAAUGUUACUCAGUCUUUGGUGGAAGCCUAUCGCGGGGACCAGUUUCUGUCUGAGAUCAUACGUAGACUUGAGGCGAAGGAUAAGAAGACUUCCGCCGAGUUUGAGUUGGUCAAUGGCUCGCUGUUCCUAGAGAAGGCAGGGAAUAAAUGCUUGUGUGUUCCAAAUAGCGAGUCUUUGCGUAGUUUGUUUUUAGGCGAGUGUCAUGAUGCCACCGGCCAUUUUGGGUAUAAGAAGACCGCAGCCAACUUGCUGCAGCGGUUUCUGGUGGCCCACGAUGAUGAGAGAUGCACAGUUGUACGUGGAAACUUGUCAAGUUUGUCAACGGGACAAGCCACGUACUCAGGCUCCUCUUGGGCUUCUGAAGCCCUUUCCGAUUCCGGAACGGCCUGGUGGACUGGGAUGAGAAGCUUGCUCUCAUCGCCACUGUAUAACAACACGGUACACAGUGCCACUGGGGUGAGCCCGAAUAGUUUACUGCUGACAUUCAAGCCUAGACUACCCCUUGACUUUCUCCUUCCUGAGAAUGAAUCAACUGCUGCACCAGGAACUUUAGAAUUUGCCUAUAGAUAUGAACAGAAAAUGCAGGAGGUGGUAGAACAGAUGCAGAAGGCACAGGCAGCGAUGAUAGAAUCCGAAAACCGACACCGCCGACCUUCAACAUUUCAGGUUGGGGAUAGGGUCUGGGUUAAGUCUUCAGAACAAGGACAGGAGUACGGGAUAUCCCGCAAACUCAUGCCUCAGUACUUUGGACGGUGGGAAGUCUUAGACAUUGUCGGGACAGAUCCGGAUGGGCCAUCCUACGUUAUCCGGAUUCCUGGUCAUCUCCAUACUUACCCUGUCUUUCACGCCUCCAAGCUGGCACCUUUCAAAGAGACUGACCAGUUUCCAUCUUGUCGCUCAAUGUUCGCCCCAACCAUGGACGGAGAGGUGGACAUUGAUGAUAUUGUGGAUCACAGAGAGCUGCCGGUAUCAAAACCAGCAGGCAAGGGACGUCCUCCAAAACCGAAGCUGCAGUACCGCGUUCGGUUCCGACAUCACACUGAUCCAAAGGAGGGCCUCUGGUUCACCAGGGAAGAGCUCAUGCAGACCGCUCCUCAAGUUGUAACUCAAUAUGAGAGAUCUUUGCGGAAGGGAAAGCGCCCUAUGAUCGAAGAUUGAGCUUCUCAGAGGACUGUUGAAGCUAAGGAGGAGGGAAUGCGAGGCCACUGCCUUUAAGAGCCCCAUAAGGCCC